CCUGGAGGACUGGGGGAGGGGGCGGGGCCAGCGGCGGCGGCGGCAGCGAUGAGGGUAAAUAUCGAUGGGUUGUUGGUGUACUUCCCCUAUGAUUACAUCUACCCCGAGCAGUAUUCAUACAUGCUGGAGCUGAAGAGAAUCCUUGAUGCCAAGGGGCAUGGAGUUCUGGAAAUGCCGUCGGGAACGGGGAAGACCAUCUCUCUGCUGUCACUGAUUGUGGCUUAUCAAACGACCUAUCCUGCAGAAGUGACCAAGCUGAUCUAUUGUUCACGAACAGUUCCUGAGAUAGAAAAGGUUGUGGAGGAACUCCGCAAGUUGCUGGAGUACAACGAGAAACAGACUGGACAGAAGGAGCAGUUCCUGGCGCUGGCUCUCAGCUCCAGGAAGAACCUGUGCAUCCACCCGGAGGUGAGUGCCCAGCGGUUUGGGAAGGAGGUUGACGGGAAGUGCCACAGUCUGACCGCCUCACACGUCCGCAUGCAGCACUCCAGCAACCCCAGCGUGCCCGUCUGCAACUUCUACGAGGAGUUUGACGUUCACGGGAGAGUGGAGCCCCUCUCCUCCGGCGUCUAUAACCUGGACGACCUGAAGGUUUACGGGAGACAGAAGGGAUGGUGCCCCUAUUUCUUGGCUCGAUAUUCUAUCCUGCAUGCAAACAUCAUUGUCUACAGCUACCACUACCUGCUGGAUCCCAAGAUUGCAGACAUGGUGUCCAAGGAGCUGUCUCGGAGAUCGGUGGUGGUGUUUGAUGAAGCCCACAACAUCGGUAUGUGGCCAUUGCAGCGACCUCUGCCACUGGGGAAGUCCAGGACACGGGGUCACAGUUUAAGGAGACCACCAGACAUGGCUGGACCUGCGUGA